AUGUUGCUGAAUCCAUGGCAUCUUGUAAUGGUGUCCGUGCUCUUGCAUGGGGUGAAUGGGACCCUUAUAAAGCUCAACAAUGGUGGGUUUGAAGACAUUGUUAUUGCAAUUAACCCUGGAUUAUCUGAAGAUACCAAAAUCAUAGACAACAUCAAGGAUAUGGUUAAAGAGGCUUCACCUUAUCUCUUCAGUGCUACAAAGCAAAGGUUUCAUUUCAAGACUGUAAAAAUUGUAAUUCCUUUGAGUUGGACACAAAAACCAGAAUAUAAAAGAGUAACAAGAGAAUCCUAUGACAAUGCUGAUGUCAUUGUGGCCAAUCCUUUCCUGAAAUAUGGUGAUGAACCCUACGCCUUGCAAUAUGGAAGGUGUGGAGAACCGGGACGGUACAUCCACUUCACCCCUAACUUCCUGACAAAUACCAGUUUGCUCCAUGUUUAUGGAUCCAGAGGCAGAGUAUUUGUCCACGAAUGGGCUCAUCUCAGAUGGGGUGUUUUUGAUGAAUAUAACAAUGAUGCACCUUUCUAUACCACUGGAAAAUACAAGGCUGAAGCAACAAGAUGCUCAUCUGAUAUCACUGGUCAAUAUUUAUUCCGAACUAAGACAGGAGAUAUCAAAAAAUGUGAAGUACAACAAGACACUCAUCUCUAUAAGUCUGAAUGUAUGUUUAUUCCAGACAAAAAGCAAACUGCUCCAGCAUCCAUAAUGUACAACCAAGAUCUCUCUUCAGUUACUCAGUUCUGUGACAAGAGUAACCAUAAUGUUAAAGCACCAAACAUGCAGAACAAAAUGUGCAACUUUAAAAGCACAUGGGAAGUAAUUAUGGACUCUGCUGACUUUGCCAGUUCUUCUUCAAGAAGUGCUCCUUCCCCUGACCCCAUUAUCUCCUUGUUGCAAAUGCAGGAAAGAGUUGUGUGUCUAGUAUUAGAUGUUUCUGGAAGUAUGGCUGGGCAUAAUCGUAUUGUUCGGCUGAAACAAGCUGCAGAAACAUUCCUCAUACAGAUCAUUGAAAAUGGUUCCUGGGUUGGAAUUGUCACAUUCAAUAAUGCAGCAACCAUUAAGACUAGUUUAAAACAGAUUGUCAGUGACAGUGUGCGCAAAACUCUUAGUACCUAUCUCCCCGUUGCAGCAAAUGGAGGAACUAACAUAUGUGCUGGAGUGGAAAGAGGAUUUCAGGUAUUCUUAAAAAAAUAUGCAAGUACAGAAGGCUGUGAAAUUGUGCUCUUAACAGAUGGAGAAGAUUCAGGAGUAAGCUCUUGUUUUGCUAAAGUUCGAAGCAGUGGAUCUGUAAUCCACACAAUUGCUUUGGGGCCAAGUGCUGCAAAAGAACUAGAAAUGUUGUCAGACAUGACAGGAGGUUUGAAAUUUUCUGCCACUGACAGUGUGGAUUCCAACAGCCUUAUAGAUGCUUUCAGUGGGAUUUCAUCAGGAAGUGGAAGCAUCAGUCUACAAUCUCUUCAGCUUGAAAGUAAAGGACAAAACAUCAGUCCAAAACAUUGGAUGUAUGGCACUGUUUCCGUUGAUAGGACUGUGGGAAAUGACACUUUCUUUGUUGUUACAUGGACUGGGAGCAUAUCUCCACCAAGAAUUUAUCUGACAGAUCCGAAAGGCAAAAAUUACACUAAAACGGAUUUUGCAGUUGAUAACACCAACCUUCGAACAGCUCGACUCAAGAUUCCUGGAACCGCAGAGGCAGGAGAUUGGAUUUAUUCAAUCCAGAAUACUGAUUCAGCAGAUGAAGUCAUUUCAAUAACGGUCACCACCCGAGCAGCAUCUGCCACUGUGCCUCCAGUAACUGUGAAGUCCUAUAUGAACAGAGAUGCCAACAACUAUCCUAAUCCAGUCAUUGUUUAUGCAGAAGUCACCCAAGGAUUUUCACCUAUUAUUGGUGCAAAAGUCAUUGCCAGAGUUGAGUCAGCAUCUGGAAUACCUGUGGAGCUGGAGCUUCUUGACAACGGCUCUGGUGCUGAUAUUUUCAAGCAUGAUGGAAUCUAUUCAAGGUAUUUCACAGCCUUCAGAGAAAAUGGAAGAUACAACAUCAAAGUGAGUGUUCAAGGGAAAGACAAGACUGUCCGGCGGACCCGCAGAAAUAGUCAUGUUCUCUAUAUACCAGGUUAUGUAGAUGAUGGUGAAAUAAUAAUGUAUCCACCAAAGCCUGAACCUAGUGAGGAUGAAAUCCAAGAACAUGUGGAAAUUUUCAGCAGGGUUGCAUCAGGAGGUUCUUUUCAAAUAACAGGCGUUCCAGCUGGCAAUGCCCCAGAUGUUUUUCCUCCCUGUAAAAUCACUGACCUUGAGGUCAUAUUCAACGGAAAGGAUGAUUUCUUUUUGUCAUGGACAGCUCCUGGGAAUGAUUAUGAUGUAGGAAAAGCUAAAAGUUAUGAAAUAAAAAUGAGUGCCAAUCCUUUGGAACUCAUACACAGUACUUUUCAUAGUGCCACCUCCCUGAACACAUCUGGUCUGAUACCUGAAGUUGCUGGAGUCAAACAAUCUUUUCAGUAUAAGGCAGAAAACUUCACAAAAGAAAAUGAAACCUCCAUCUACUUUGCCAUUCGUGCCAUUGAUGACAGCAACAAUGUCGGAGAAACAUCUAACAUAGCAGCUGUGACUCUUUCUCAGUUGCUUGAAACUCCCUCUCAUGCAUACAAUAUUUUUACCAUUAUCAUGAUAGCAAUAUGUUCUUUGACUAUUAUCUGUUUUAUUGUAGGUGCAACAGUUUGUGUUUUAAAAAAACAAAAAAAGGGAAAUUCUAGAAGUCCUGAAACUGGACUGUAGCAUUAAUAUAUUAAUGUUUAAGAAAUAAGAAUCUUAAAGUAUACAGUGGAGAAAGUGGGUUUGAUUUAGACUAACUUCAAUGUUGGUCAUGACUAACUUGUCUUAUUGAUUUCAGCAGGAUCCAACUUCAACUAAGGACUUUAUCGCACCAACUCCAGUGCCUGACAUACAGUACCUCUUCUGAAUUGGGCUCAAAUUCAGACGUUACAUUGAUUUUAUCACAUGGAUAUUUUUCUCAAAAUGGUUUCCUGUUGCUUCCAGUGUUAA